AACAGGAACUUGACUCUCUCCAAAUCCGGAGAAUGGAGACUUCAUUACUCCACACUCUCCACCUGCUGCUGGGGGCUUCCCUUGCCCUGACCCAGACCUUUAAAGGUUCCCACUCUUUGCGGUACUUCGACAUCGCAAUGUCAAGACCUGGCUUAGAGGAGACCCUCUACAUGACCAUUGGCUAUGUGGACGACACAGAGUUCGUGCACUUCAACAGCGGGGCAGUGAUUCCAAGGUUUGAGCCUCGGGUGCCCUGGAUGGAGCAGGUGGGACAGGAUUACUGGGAUGACCAGACACACAUUGGCAAAGCAGCAGAACUGCAGAUUCGAGCGUACUUUCAGAAACUGAAAGGUUACUACAACCAGAGUGAGAAAAGUUCUCAUACCAUCCAAAGGAUGACUGGCUGCUACAUUGGACCAGACGGGCACCUACUUCAUGCAUACCGUCAGUUUGGCUAUGAUGGGCAAGAUUACCUCACCCUGAAUGAGGAUCUGAGCACCUGGACCGCAGCAGACACGGCAGCUCUAAUCACGAAGCAUGAGUGGGAGGCAACUAAUGUGGCUGAGUUCUGGAGGGUCUACUUGCAGGGGCCUUGUGUGGUGUGGCUCCUUAAAUACCUGAAGAUGGGAAAUGAGACUCUUCUGCGCACAGAUCCCCCAAAAGCAUAUAUAACUCAUCAUCCCAGACCUGAAGGGGACAUCACCCUGAGGUGCUGGGCCCUGAGCUUCUACCCUGCUGAGAUCUCCCUGACCUGGCAGCGGGAUGGGGAAGACUGGACUCAGGAUAUGGAGUUUGUGGAGACCAGGCCUUCAGGAAAUGGAACCUUCCAGAAGUGGGCAGCUGUGGUGGUGUCUUCCGGAGAGGAACAGAGAUACACAUGCCAUGUGCAACAUGAAGGGCUGUCUGAGCCCCUCACCCUGAGAUGGAGCAGAUCUCCCCAGUCUGUCAUCCCCUUCAUAGCCCUUGGCCUGGUUCUCCUGGGAGCUUCUGUGGCUGCUGUUGUAAUGUGGAGGAAGACCUCAGGUAGAAGAAGACACAGACAUGCUUAGGAUACCAUGUAAGACCAUGCCCUAUGUGAUACAGAUCCACACAGGAUUUGUUUGGAUCUCUUAUCCUCCAUGUGAUGAUUUCAAGAACUCCUGACUUCUCUUUCUGUAACUGGCAUCUGACUGUGUCCAAGUGUCUGUCUACUGUCAGUAUGGUGUGAGACAGUAAGGAGCUCAGCCCAACCCUGAGCACCAAUCCCCAUUCCAACAGGAUAUGACAUCCCUCCUGUUUCAGCAAAUGCAAGGAUGGAAAGUCUCCAACCCCUACUGAGCUUUAGCUUUCCCUGAAUUGCAGUUUCUUACUUCCUUCUGGAAAAUAAGGAUGUUGCCAGGCAUGGUGGUACUCACCUUUAAUCUCAGCACUCAGGAAGCAGA